GAGUUCGCGGCACGCAUGCGCAGAUGGCCCCGCUAUCUUCGACACGUGACUACGGUAUCUCCAGUUAGACAAAUUAUUGUCGGCGCUGUGAAAACGGCUCUGCCAUCUGCCUCGAGCUUUUACGAAAUCGAGACUCAUCUGACCAGGCAACAUUUUUCCAGUCUUCAACUGUCCAAUUUUGACAGUAAAAUUAUGACACGCUGGGCCCGAGCCAAAAAUUCCCAUAAACAGAAAUCAACAGACGCUACAUCAUGGGCCCAACAAAGGGCAGGCAUAGCUGGUAGAGGGCAACCUUCAAACAGCCUGGAUGCAUCACAUCACAGAUACCCUGAUGAAAAGGGCGCUCACAAAAAUCGACAACUUCAUGUGAAUGAGUUUACGGAUUAUAUGGAAAACAUGCGGCAAGCAUUACCUAAAGGACAACGAAGAAGAGCCCCAGAGGAGCUGGACAUGAGAGAAGUAGUAGACACAGCUCUCAAAAAAAACAAAAGAAGAGAAAAUCGGAGGUUAAAAAGACAGAAUGCUACAAAAAGUAAAAUGGUAUGCUUUAACUGUAGGAAGCCUGGCCAUGGACUGGCUGACUGCCCAAAAGCAGAUGAUGUGGAAAUGGGUAGAGGGAUCUGCUUUCGUUGUGGUUCUACAGAACAUGACAUCCAGAAGUGUAGAGCUAAAGUAGACCCUGCUAUGGGUGAUUAUCCAUAUGCCAAAUGCUUCAUUUGUGGAAAGGCUGGUCAUCUUUCCAAAUCUUGCCCGGAUAACCCAAAAGGACUUUAUGCUGCAGGUGGCUGUUGUCGAAUUUGUGGUUCAGUGGAACACUUCCAAAAAGACUGUCCAGACCAUCAGACCUCAAAACAUAGAUCAAAUGGUGUGACAUGGAGGAGAUCCAAAUCUACCCAAUGCAGACUCUACUCCACUUGUGUCUCACAGGGCUCAGUACUGGGUCCUCUUCUAUUCUCCCGCUAUACCUGGUCUCUUGUGAAAAAUCAGCAACAGGACAGACACGUUGUAAGAGGGAGUAUAAAAAUCAAUUUACUGUAUUUGCACAAUCCAUAUUACCAUAGAAAUUAAAAUAUCAGGAACUUUAUUUUGACAGCACCUUUUCUGUCAUGCAACUGCCUAAUAAGGAUGUGCAUAAUAAACUGCUUACUGAAACAUUAAUAAAUGUUAAGGGCAUAUCUAAAAUGGGACAUUUUUAAGACAUUUUUCAAUUUCUAUCAAACGUGAGCAAUUUGAAGAGAUAUAGUGGAAUCUAUGUAUAUGAAUACUAUGAUGAUUAGGGCACUCCAGUUCUACCAGUAUAUCUCAGGCAGUGUCAUGCAAAUUAGGGGUGCUUCUGUGCAUGUUUAAAAUCUUCCAUGCUUUUAUUUGUACUGUUGUUUGUAUUUCUUAUAAUUUUCAGCAAUUUGACAUGUGUCCUGAUUGGGGUGUAUUGGCGGAUGUUGAUCGCCGUGGGCGGAGAGAGCAGGCAUAAAGGCAGAGGGGUAUUUUAACAAAAAGAGUCUUUUAAUAAGGGUUGUCACAACAAUAAUAAAGACACAAAAACAAAGGAACAAACAAACUCAAAUAAUACUUAAAAGCAUGGGGGUCAACAUGGGCUCUCUUGCAGGACACAGACAAAGGGACACCAACAGGCACUAAUAUCUGUUAGACUACGUUUAAGAUUGGUAGCGAAA